CUUCUUAACGAUAAAGAAAAUUUGUUUUCUCUCUUGAUUAAGCAUAAUUCUUUUGGUAGCAUGGAUCUACAUUUUAUUGGGUUUCUCUUCUUAUUUUCUGUCGUGGAAGCGACCACAAGCACUGCUCCUACGAACAUAACAGUUCCGGCACUAAUAGUAUUCGGAGACUCAAUUAUGGAUACUGGAAAUAAUAACGACAUCCCAACUCUUCUUAAAGCCAACUUUCCACCUUAUGGCCGAGAUUUUCCGGAUGCUAUUCCUAGCGGUAGAUUUUCAGAUGGGAAAGUUCCAUCGGACAUCAUUGCGGAAAAAUUGGGGAUAGCAAAGACUCUACCACCCUAUUUAGGUUCGAAUCUAAAGCCAAAUGAUCUUCUAAAAGGUGUAAUAUUUGCUUCUGGAGGUUCCGGUUAUGAUCCAUUAACAUCUAAAUUACUGUCGGUAAUACCAAUGUCAGAUCAACUCAAAUAUUUUCAAGAAUAUUUAUCAAAAAUCAAGCAAAAUUUUGGAGAAGAAAAAGUUAAGUUUAUAUUGGAGAAAAGUGUGUUUUUAGUGGUAUCUAGCAGUAAUGAUCUCGCUGAGACUUAUUUGGUUCGAUCGGUCGAGUUUAACCGUGACUCAUAUGCUGAAUAUCUUGCUGAUUUGGCUUCAAAGUUUAUCAAGGAAUUAUCUGGACUCGGCGCUAAAAAUAUCGGAGUGUUUAGCGGAGUACCUGUUGGAUGUGUACCGGCGCAAAGAACAAUUUUUGGAGGUCUAAGAAGAGAAUGUUUUGAAGAUUUGAACAACAUGGCACUUCAUUUCAACUCAAAGUUAUCAUCUAGUUUGGAUGCCCUAAAAAAAGAGUUGCCCAGUAAACUACUAUUUAUUGACGUUUACGAAACUCUUCUCGAUAUCAUACAAAAUCCUACGAAUUACGGAUUUGAAGUAGCAGAUAAAGGAUGUUGUGGUACAGGAAGAAUUGAGUUAGUUGAAUUGUGCAACAAACUUACUCCUUUUACAUGCUCGGAUCCGUCGACACAUGUGUUCUUUGAUUCUUAUCAUCCGAGUGAAAAGGCGUAUCAAAUUAUCACUGAUAAAUUGAUAGAUAAAUACCUUAAGUACCUUAACAAUUGAAUAUGUCUAGUCAAGAGA